CCCCUGAAAACCAAAAUGAAAAAAAAUCUGGAAAUACAAUUUAAAAACUGCAGGGGGUAGCCGUACGAAGGAAAUUAGACACAUUUCCAGAAUUGCUGUGUCCUGUUCUAAAGGGCGAGCGGAGACACCUUCCCACGCUUGGAGGGCGCCCUUGUGGCUAUGUGGGUGACCAGUCCAUCUCAGACUCGGGGGCCUGGUCGUGCCACAGGCUCUGCCCUGUUCCCUUGCCUAUCGCAGAUGCUGCACGCAGCCCUUCCCAAGGAGUGCUGGCAGUGGCGGCCGGAGUGUGAGACACUUGACAUGUGACAGGCCACCAAGAGCCCCUGUGGGUACCCAGGAUGCACGACGACAGGACGCAGUCUGACCGCAGUCAGGGCCUUGUCGUUAGGACCAUGCGCCCCGGAUUGCUCCCUGUACUGCAGCCGGGGGAAGGCAGAGGCAGAUGUCACAGCCCCCGGGCCUCAGUGUGUUUUCCGGGAAAGCCCAGCAGCCCCUGAACCAGGACCACUGUUUUAAGACAGAAUGGUUCUAAGGUCAUUAACUGUUCAUUACGGACCUAUUCAGGUGGCAGGUAUAGGGACUCAUUUUUUAAUGAUCACUGUUUCCUUCAAAAUUUCCCACUGACUAAAGAUGCAGGUUAAUACUGUUACUCAGCUCACGCACUCUCAGGCGCAGCUGAUCCAAAACCCUACCCAGGCCUGAUGUGAUUUGAUUUCGUUGCUCUCAAAUAUGUGGCUGGCCCGGUCCGAGGCUCCUACUCCCCGGCGCCCCGCAUCUUGGGCACAUGUGCCCCGCUGGCCACAUCUCCCUUCCCAGCCCUGUCCUCCUCCUGGGUGUGUGUAUACCCCAGGCAUCUCUCACAUGGGCUUCCACAUGGCCCCUGCCAGCUUGCCGGAGCCCUGGGGAAGUGUUCCGCCCUGCUCUUUCAGCACAGGGCACCAGCUACAGGUCUCUGAGUCUCCUACACCUGCUGCUUCACCAGCUCCACGCCUGCAGUGGACACCCACAUGCGUACUCAUUCAGCCCUGCCCUCCCUUUGCUGUCUGGUGCCCUGACGACUGCUGUUGCCUCCUGGGUGGUGACUGUCCUGGCUCUGAGGGAAUCUCCCACACCUUGCAGCCAGAGAUCUCUUCUUGGAGCAAGCAUAAUGUCACUUGGCAAGUCCUAGUCCCUCCAGGUCAGUGCCCAAAGUCACAACCAGCCGAAUGCCAGCAGCUUCAUCACUGGCCCUUUCUGGCCUGCUGCUGGCUCUUCGGUGAUUUGAUGUCUAAGAAGACCAGUUUCCUUUUGCCCUCCGUGACUGUUAGCCCCACUCCACUGCCCACUCAAGCAGAGAGCAGGGUGCUGGUGCGUACUCACACACGCCAGCGCCCUCUCGUGAGGGCCCCUCACUUCCCUCUCCCUGCCGUGCCCUUCCUCGCAGAGAGCCUGUCUGAGGACUCAGCUCCAAGUGUUGGGUAAAGUCUUUCCUAACCAGGAUGGGAAGCACCUGGAGCGGCACACGUCUGUGGAAAGGCCUGACUUCUGUGUUAACAGCCUGGCACCAUUUUCUGUUCAGGACUCGGGUCCCUCAAAUGAGCCAUGUGGUGAGACAGACCGUUUCCUAACAAGGAGCCAGUCGAUUCCAGACCCAAACUCCACGACCACGUAACUCCCAGCUGGCUGCAAGACGGAAUUUCACACUCAGAGAACAAUGUUUUGUGGGGCGCAGAGCUGACUCUCCUAGGGAGCAAUUUCUCUAGGAAAAACUUGCUGCUUUCAAUACUUUCCCAGUUGCUAUGCCACUCUGGACAACUGUCCCCACUCCACAAAUGUCAUCCUUAAGAUUCACACACAAUAGCAAAAACUUGAGGGCUCAGCCUUUUUUAAUGAUGGUGUGUGUGUAUAAAUGUGUUAAGAGUCAUAAAAAAUUAUUCUGUAAUGGAAUGGUUUACAUCCAUUCUUGUUUAAUAUAUGGCCAAAAAUCAACUUAGUUUCAUUUGCAUUUUAAAAAGGUAAGUUAUUAUAUAUUAUUAAAAAGGUAAGUUAUUGUAUAUUAUAUAUUAUAUGACAUAUAAAAAAGCUCAAAGGUUUUUUUUUUCCUUUGAUUCAUCAAAAACACCAUCAGAGAGCUAUGGAAAGAAAAACAGAUUAAGAUGCCCUCCUACAUAAAAUCAGAGCACGAUUCUGAAGCAUUUAUUAAACUACACAUGCUUCAGCAAAACACUGGCUUUCCUGGAAGGCAGGCCGCGCAUUAUGUAAGCAUUGGUUGCAACCCUGGUUUGUAACCACAGUUACCACCAACUUUACAGAUUACUACUACAGAAAUGGUCGUGGUAACAUGGCAGUGCUGCUCAAGGUGACAUCCACCAGCCAAGUAGAGGACUUGAUGGGAAACAAAGUUGAUUUGUGUCAGGCAUUAAUGUUCUGCAGGAUUAGUGGUGAAGCACACGGUGACAGACGCCUCGAGCCUCACAAAGCAGUGAGAGCCCAGGUUUCGCCAGGGUCCCACUUUGGUUCCUCAGCACCCAAACCCUGUAAGCACCUGGUGUCUCGGUGACCCCGGUAAUAGACACCAAGCACCCCUCUCCACCACAGGGUGCCCGGGUUGUGCGCAAUCACCCAGCGUGGAGGGAAUGGCGCGUGGCCUGUGCUGCUGGGCAGUGAGGUCAGCAGAGGCCUAAGAUGGCAAACAGCACCCAGCAUUUUCUGAGAAGCAUUGGGCCUGCAGUCCGAGGGCAAGUGUCACCUCGUGCGCUGCUUCUCAGAGGCCCGGAAGAAGCGCCACUGAUCUGCCUUGACACCGAGUGCCACAGGAUGCAGGCGGAGCAGGUGCUGCCCCCACACCUGGACACAUGGCGGAGCCCCUGCGGGGGGGGGGGGACACACACAGGAGAUCCCCCCCAGGUUUACGGUGACUCUGACUUAAACUGAUCGUUACUCUCUCAAGCUCCAGAAAAGCAGCUGUAUCAAAGGAAACAGAGAAAGGCAGGAGUGUCCACUACAUGCCAUCUAUGCAGCAGUGGUCCCCGUUGUCCUACUUUAUGCCAGCCCAGGAGACGGAGCUGGAAGAACAGGAUGUGUAGAUGUGGGAUCUGCCCCAGAGGCCAAAAUAAACGGACAUUUAAAGAGCAACGCUUAUCCACAGGGGAAGGACACGCGUCCACGGUGCUUGGCGUGCAGGACACAAGCCGUGCCAUACCACUCUGGCUACACAUUCCUGACAGUGGCCUCUGACCCACUCAGGGCCAGGCUGCAGUGGGGUGCAUCUGGCAGCAUCCCAGCUGGCACCAAAGCCCUGGUAUCAGCUGUGUGGAGGGAUGGGUAGGCUUCCUUAAACAGCACGACAGGAUUUCUGAGCAUGAUUUCAUUGCUAAAUAUAGAACCAGCAACAGCGCCGCUGAUGAAAUCACUCGGGAGACAUUUUUAAAGAGAAGCAAAAGGAAACAGAUUUGUGAUGCACCAGGCAGGACACCCGUGUGGAUGAACGCAUCUCACCUUGUGAAGACCACGAGGCCCAGCCCUGCUCAGCUACUUGGGUCCUUGUCAGCUCCUGAGGGGAUCUCAGAGACUGCACAUCCCGGUGUGGCCCAGGUCCCCUACUGGGCACAGCAGUGGCUUGGCCGGUCACAGAGGAGUGCAGGGCCCUUCCCACCUCAGAUACUCAGGAAGCCGGGUCUCAGGAAACCCCAGCCACUCUGGACACCGGCCGAAGGGCUGGGCUAAUCUCACUGCUUCUUAACGAUUUUCUGGAGCCUCCUGGUGGGCGCUGCCAUCAUGUUCCACCCCCACCACAGCACUCUGCUGCUCUGCGGAACUGUCUGGGGCUCUGACCGCUCCCAACCCAGAACAUGAGGCAGGCGGGUGAGGUUGGGCCGAGCUCUGCCAGCCUGUGAUCCAGAAAGGCUGGCUGGGCCGGGGCUGCUGUGUGGGGCUUCCAGAGAAGCCUAGAGCUGCGGACCUUCUAGAGCUUUCCGUGAUGGCAGACAGCUGCUGUGGCGUGCCUGCACAGUGUGCCUGCACUGCACCAUGGGGGAGAGUGGUGGGAGUCCACCAGACCCGACAGGGUCCUCGUUUGGCUGCUUUGGGGAAAGUAGCCUCUCCAGAAGGCCCGUGUGGAGAGGUACAGACCCAGGACCAGGGAGUUCCGAGGCGGGUGUGAGCUCACGUGGGACCAGCGGCUGCAGGAUGCAGGAAGACGUGGCAAGCACACAAGGGAAAUGGAGGCGACCACUGAGCAAACGAGCAGGGAUGCCAGGGAAGAAGACAGGGCCGAGCCCACACGCGGACCCGCCCACAGCACCCCCAGCGCCGCUACCCUCCGUGGAGCCUACUACCGGACUCCACGCAGACGCCCACAGAAGCCUAGGAGCCUCAGGCCGGCAGGAGGGCAGCAGGGAGACCGUGGAGGACCCAGCAGGAGGGAGCGCAGUGCGCUGUGGUGUCCCGGGUGCGUGUGCCUGGGUGCAUGCACCUGUCCACACACCACUAGAGGACACUGCGACCACAAGGCUGCUCUACGGUCCUUGCCUCCCACUAAGGCCAUGUCCCUGCUGGCACUUUAGAGCUCGCCAUACCUUGGGGGGUAGGGAGACGUGGGACAGUCACCGGCCUCAGUUUGUGGCCUGGGUCUGAGCUCAGGACAGCCCCACCCCGCCCUGCUGCCCAGCCCCAGCGCCCGCCAGCUCUACCUGAUCAGCAGGAGCCGGUCCUUCUCACACGGGUGGUCAUCCAGCCAUUGGGAGAAGCGCGCGUGUGACCACUCUGCCCUCUGCAGGCGGGGCGAGGACAGGAGAACACGCAGGUCAGCACAGGGGCAGUGGGCAGCUCCCCCUCCUCCCCAAAGGGACCCCGGGCUCAGCAGGCGGCUAUGCCGUGCCCUUGUUGCCAGGAAGCCUCCAGGAUUGCUAAUGUACGGAGCUCGGCAAGAACAUGGGACCUCCCUUCGAAAGUUUUGAGGACGCUAGGGCCUAGCAAGACGAUUAAAGGGCUCCUCCGGGGCCUCCCGGGCAACUGCAGCCCAGCCGUGCUCACCCGGCUGGCUUGGCCCCACAGGGUUAGGGUCCAUACCUGAAAGGGGGACUUCAAGUCGGCGGGCGCCCUGCUGAAGAGAAACUGAAGGAUGACGCUGAAGGGGAUGAUCUCCCCCAGCGCCGGGCUGCUGGCCACGUGUUCACUGGUCUGGAAGAGCAGGGGUCUGCAAGAGGAGAGAGCAGAGGUCACUUGCUGCUGCUCUUCCUGGGCGGGAAACUGCAGGCACACACCACACAUGUGCGCGCGCGCGCGCACACACACACACACACACACACACACGCGCGCGUGCACAGGCUGAGGUAGCUCUCAGCCGCUUCCUGGACCAUCACUGGGCAAUGGGUCUGAUGCUACUUCCAGGUUACUUGGCAAAAUCUCCUCCUAGAGUUCAUCUGAUUGCCAGGCUGGAAUCAAAUAAAGCAUGAUGAAGGCUUCGGGUAUAACUAAUAGAGUCUUACUUCCAGCUUUGGUUUUACAUACCAUCCUUCUUUGGGUGGUUACUGAAUAUGGAUAAAAUAAAACAUUUUCUAAGCAA